GGGGUUGAUGGUGAAGACUCAAGACGCGCCCCGGCCGCUAUGAGAGGUGCUCCCCGCGCGGCGGCGGCCUGAGGCAGCGGGGCGGCGGCGGGAUAAGGACACAUGAGAUGGCCACAGAUGACAGACAAUCUCCAACACUGGACUGUGUCAGUGAUCUGCCCCGCUCUCCGAGCAGUCCCUCUCAUCUCACUCAUUUCAAACCAUUGACUCCUGAUCAAGAUGAGCCUCCUUUUAAAUCUGCCUACAGCUCCUUUGUAAACCUCUUUCGUUUUGGCAAAGAUGAUGGUAGACUUUCAUCUCCUGCAGAGAGUGGCCAGGGCGAGCAGCAGGCGCUGAGUGGGACUUGGUCCAGUCCUCAGCAUACCUCAAGGGCACAGUCUCUGAGGUCCCCUGUUCCAUACAAAAAGCAGCUUACUGGGGAGCUACAACGUAGAGCUUCUACAACCUUAGACACACGAAGGAAAGUGGAACCUUCUCUCAGUGGCCAUGAUCCUCGGACAGCUGUUCAGCUUAGAAGUCUCAGCACGGUCUUAAAACGUCUCAAAGAAAUAAUGGAAGGGAAAAGCCAGGAUAGUGAUUUAAAGCAGUACUGGAUGCCAGACAGCCAGUGUAAAGAAUGUUAUGACUGUAGCGAGAAAUUCACCACCUUCCGACGCAGACACCACUGUCGGCUGUGUGGGCAGAUCUUCUGUAGCCGAUGCUGCAACCAGGAAAUCCCUGGAAAGUUUAUGGGUUACACAGGAGAUCUCCGAGCUUGCACUUACUGCCGCAAAAUAGCUUUAAGCUAUGCACACUCCACAGACAGUAACUCCAUUGGGGAAGACUUAAAUGCUCUGUCUGAUUCUACCUGUUGUGUAUCUGUACUGGAACCUGGGGAGCCGCGCACACCUGUUGGGAGUAGAAAAGCUAGCCGAAAUAUCUUUCUGGAGGAGGAUCUUACUUGGCAAAGUCUGAUUCACCCAGACACUUCAACUACCACACUGUCAACACGCCUUGUGUCUGUACAGGAGGAUCCGGGGAAGUCUCCUGCUCGAAACAGAUCGGCCAGCAUUACUAACCUGUCACUGGAUCGGUCUGGUUCACCCAUGGUGCCUGCAUACGAGACAUCCGUCAGUCCCCAGGCUAAUCGCACGUAUUUGAAAGCAGAUACCAAUGAGGAUGAACGAAAAAUUCUUCUGGACUCUGUCCAGUUAAAGGAUUUGUGGAAGAAAAUUUGCCAUCACAAUAGUGGGAUGGAGUUUCAGGACCACCGCUAUUGGCUGCGGACCCAUCCCAACUGCAUUGUGGGAAAGGAACUAGUCAACUGGCUCAUCAGAAAUGGACACAUUACCACAAGAGCUCAAGCCAUCGCAAUAGGACAAGCACUGGUAGAUGGACGCUGGCUUGAUUGUGUCAGUCACCAUGAUCAAAUCUUUAGAGAUGAAUAUGCUCUGUACAGACCACUACAGAGCACAGAGUUCUCGGAAACCCCCUCUCCAGACAGUGAUUCGGUGAACUCCGUAGAGGGGCACUCUGAGCCAUCCUGGUUCAAAGACAUCAAGUUUGAUGACAGUGACACAGAACAAAUCCCUGACGAAGGGGAGGAUAACUUGGCCAACUCCGCCAGCCCUAGCAAGCGUACAUCAGUCAGCAGCUUCCAGUCCACAAUGGACAGUGACUCAGCCGCUUCCAUCAACCUGAACGUGGAGCUGGACAACGUGAACUUCCAUAUCAAGAAGCACUCCAAGUACCCACAUGUGCCCCCUCACCCUGCCGACCAAAAAGAGUACUUGAAUCCUGACAACGGAGGGCAACAGAUGGUCUCAAUAAGUGACGCUUUCAUCAAGGAGUCGCUGUUCAAUCGGAGGGUGGAGGAGAAAUCCAAAGAGCUGUUUUUCACACCUUUAGGCUGGCACCACAGCAAUCUGGAUCUGCUGAGGGAAGAGAAUGGGGAGAAACAGGCUAUGGAGAGGCUUCUCUCAGCUAAUCAUAACCAUAUGAUGGCACUGCUUCAGCAGCUACUCAACAAUGAGUCAUUGUCCUUAUCCUGGAGGGAUAUCAUUGUGCCUGUGGUCUGCCAGGUAGUUCAGACUGUCCGACCUGAUAUCAAGAACAGAGACGAUGAUAUGGAUAUCCGCCAGUUUGUCCACAUAAAAAAAAUCCCAGGUGGAAAGAAAUUUGACUCUGUGAUGGUGAAUGGCUUUGUUUGCACCAAGAACGUUGCACACAAAAAGAUGAACACCUAUAUAAAAAAUCCCAAAAUUCUUCUGCUGAAGUGUUCCAUUGAGUACCUCUACCGAGAAGAAACAAAAUUCACCUGCAUAGACCCCAUUGUUCUUCAGGAAAGGGAGUUCUUGAAGAACUAUGUCCAGCGGAUAGUGGAUGUCAGGCCUACCUUGGUUCUGGUUGAGAAGACUGUGUCCCGAAUUGCCCAGGACAUGCUGCUGGAACAUGGCAUCACUCUGGUCAUCAAUGUCAAGCCGCAAGUAUUAGACCGAAUAAGUCGGAUGACUCAGGGAGACUUGGUGAUCUCAAUGGAUCAAUUGUUGACCAAACCACACUUGGGAACCUGUCAUAAAUUUUACAUGCAAGUGUUCCAGUUACCUAAUGAUCAAACCAAAACCUUAAUGUUUUUUGAAGGGUGCCCGCCACACUUGGGCUGCACCAUCAAGCUGCGUGGAGCUGCAGACUAUGAACUGACCCGAGUGAAGGAGAUCCUUAUCUUUAUGGUCUGUGUGGCUUAUCAUUCCCAACUGGAAAUUUCUUUCCUUAUGGAUGAGUUUGCCAUGCCCCCUACUCUGACUAAAAACAGCUCCUUCCACGCUCUGAUUGAAAGCCAAGGAGAUGAACAUGAGCACCAAGACCUCUUUAAUGGUGAGGAGUUUAGCAUGGUGGUCAGAGAUGUUGAGCUCUCUUCUGAAAAAGUGCCCAUGUUCUCUGAGUCUGUCUCUUCCGAUGAGGCCAGCACACUAGAACAAAGAACUUUGUUUGAAGAAGAGGAUCAAGAUGAUGAUGCUGUCCUGCGAGAGGGUUCCUCUUUAAGGCACCAAGAGCAUCUCGGAAUGGAAUAUUCACUGCCAGUGUUGAGCAGUAUUAAAACACCAGUACCAGAAUCACGGCUACCCUUCCAAAGUACGGACCAACACCCAGGCACUCUAUAUAGUCAGCAUCUGGAGACUCUGCAGCAGCCAGGUGACCUGCAGGAUUCCAAAAGCCAGAUGAGAGUCUUUAGAGACCCUCUGCAGGAUGACACUGGAUUGUAUAUCAUGGAGGAGGUGACUUCCUCCGAGGAUCGCCUCAAGGCCUACUCCUUAGCAUUUAAGCAGGAGCUGAAAGAUGUUAUUCUCUGUAUCUCACCUGUGAUCACAUUCCAUGAACCUUUUCUUCUAACGGAGAUGGGCAUGAGGUGCCCUGCCCGGGACUACUUCCCAGAGCAGGUCUAUUUGUCUCCUUUCCUCAACAAAGAGUAUAAGGAGCUGGAGAGCAGAAGGAAGAAACAGCUGUUAAGGGAUCUCUCUGGACUGCAAGGGAUAAAUGGAAGUAUCCAGGCAAAGGCCAUCCAGGUUUUGCCUACCCAUGAGUUAGUUAACACUAGAAUUGCAGAGCAUCUGGGUGAUAGCCAAAGCUUGGCCAGAAUGCUAGCAGAUUACCGGGCCAGAGGAGGAAGGAUACAACAGAAAAAUGCAGAUCCCUUUGCCCAGUGUAAAGAUGCAUCUGGUGUUUCUGGAGGAAAAGCUGGAGGCAGAAAUGAAGAGGAUGAGAGAGGAUUGGUUCGGGGUGAAUCUGUAUGGUCUCAUAAGGUGGACUGUCUGAGUCCAGUCAACCAUCAGAGGCUCUGUGUUCUUUUCAGUAGCUCCUCUGCCCAGUCCAGCAAUGCUCCAAGUGCCUGCGUUAGUCCAUGGAUUGUGACAAUGGAGUUCUAUGGGAAGAACGACCUCACUCUAGGAGUGUUUUUAGAGCGGUAUUGUUUCAGGCCUUCCUACCAAUGCCCCAGCAUGUUUUGUGAAACACCGAUGGUGCACCACGUUCGUCGCUUUGUCCACGGGCAAGGCUGUGUGCAGAUCAUACUGAAGGAGCUGGACUCCCCAGUCCCUGGAUACCAGCACACAAUCCUUACCUACUCCUGGUGUAGAUUGUGCAAACAGGUCACACCAGUUGUCCCACUUUCCAAUGAUUCUUGGUCCAUGUCAUUUGCAAAAUACCUCGAAUUGAGAUUCUAUGGGCACCAGUACACGCGAAGAGCCAAUGCAGAGCCUUGUGGUCACUCCAUACACCAUGAUUAUCACCAGUAUUUCUCAUAUAAUCAGAUGGUGGCAUCUUUCAGCUAUUCUCCAAUCCGGCUGCUAGAGGUAUGUGUCCCACACCCCAAAAUCUACAUCAAACGUCAAGCUCCGUUAAAGGUUACUAUUCUGCAGGAUCUGAAGGAUUUCUCUCAAAAGGUAUCACAGGUGUACCUUGCUGUUGAUGAUCGUCUCACCUCUUUGAAAACGGAUACUUUCAGCAAAACAAGGGAAGAGAAGAUGGAGGACCUUUUUGCACAAAAAGAGAUGGAAGAGGUAGAGUUCCGGAACUGGAUUGAGAAGAUCCAAGCAAGGAUGCUUUCACCUUCAUUGGACACCUCUCAGCAGUUGCAGUCAGUCUUUGAGUCUCUGAUAGCUAAAAAACAGAGCCUCUGUGAGAUGCUGCAGGCCUGGAAUAACAGAUUACAGGAUCUCUUCCAGCAGGAGAAAGGUAGAAAACGCCCCUCAGUACCACCGAGCCCCGGAAGACUGAGACAAGGUGAAGAAAACAAGAUCAGUGCAAUGGAUGCCUCUCCCCGCAACGCUUCUCCAGCCCUACAGAAUGGAGAAAAAGAUGACCGUUUCUUGACAACCUUGUCAAGUCAGAGCUCUACAAGCUCCACCCAUCUCCAGCUUCCUACCCCACCUGAAAUUGUGUCAGAGCAGCUGACAGGGGGGCCUUCCUUUGCCAAUUCACUCUCUGAACCAGACACCACCAGCAGCUCAGAAGAUGUAUUUGAUGGACACUUGUUGGGAUCUACAGACAGCCAGGUGAAGGAGAAAUCUACUAUGAAAGCUAUUUUGGCAAAUUUGUUGCCUGGAAACAGCUAUAAUCCCAUUCCAUUCCCCUUUGACCCAGAUAAGCACUACCUAAUGUAUGAACAUGAACGGGUACCCAUUGCAGUCUGUGAAAAGGAACCAAGCUCCAUCAUAGCUUUUGCGCUCAGUUGCAAGGAAUACAGAAAUGCCUUAGAUGAGUUAUCCAAAGCAUCUCUGAAGAGCAGUUCUGAAGAAGGGCUUCCACCAAACAGUAUGUUGGACAACAAACCGAAGAGCAACAGCCCAGUCCGAUUGCCUGAGACUAAUGCGGGACAGGCAAACCGCACAGCCGAAGCAGAACAGCCAAAAAAAGUUUCUGGAGUUCUAUCCUUCUUCCGUGGCACAGGAGGGAAGAGCCCUGAUCUGUCUGCCCAGAAGAAAGAGACCUUACGUGGUGCAGAUAGUGCCUACUACCAGGUUGGACAGAUGGGCAAGGAGGGUCCGGAGAGCCAAGGAGCAGAGACUCAAGAUGAAGCAGAUGGAGGAGAUGCACAAAAGAAACAGCUAGCAAAUCCCCAUGUGGAACUUCAGUUUUCAGAUGCUAAUGCCAAGUUCUAUUGCCGGAUUUAUUAUGCCGGGGAGUUCCAUAAGAUGCGUGAUGUGAUACUCGGGAGCCGUGAGGAGGACUUCAUUCGCUCCCUGUCUCACUCUCUGCCCUGGCAGGCCCGUGGAGGCAAGUCAGGAGCUGUGUUCUAUGUGACGGAAGAUGACAGAUUCAUUUUGAAGCAGAUGCCCCGUCUGGAGGUCCAGUCCUUCCUUGACUUUGCCCCACACUACUUCACUUACAUCACUAAUGCUGUUCAGCAAAAGAAACCAACAGCACUGGCCAAAAUACUUGGAGUGUAUCGGAUUGGAUACAAGAACUCUCAGAACAACACUGAGAAGAAGCUGGAUCUGCUUGUCAUGGAAAACCUUUUCUAUGGCAGAAAAAUGGCUCAGGUGUUUGACCUGAAGGGCUCCCUGCGGAACAGAAAUGUGAAAACAGAUACCGGGAAGGAAAGUUGCGAUGUUGUCCUGCUCGAUGAAAAUCUCUUGAAGAUGGUACGGGACAACCCUCUGUAUAUCCGCUCCCACUGCAAGGCUGUGCUGAGGGCUUCCAUCCACAGCGAUUCCCACUUUCUUUCCAGCCACCUCAUCAUUGACUAUUCCCUGCUGGUUGGCCGCGACGAUACUAGCAAUCAGCUGGUGGUUGGGAUCAUUGAUUACAUUCGCACCUUUACCUGGGACAAAAAGCUUGAAAUGGUGGUGAAGUCAACGGGCAUCCUGGGAGGACAAGGUAAAAUGCCAACUGUGGUCUCUCCAGAACUGUACCGGAGCAGAUUUUGUGAAGCAAUGGACAAGUAUUUCUUGAUGGUGCCGGAUCAUUGGACAGGGUUGGGUCUGAACUGCUGAGCUAAAGCACAUGUUGUGAUGGGCGGGGAAGCACAGUGAAUGAAAAAAUUCCCUGAUAGAAGAGGACACACACACCCUGGACUUUAUAUUGCCAUUCCAGCUCCUCAGCAGUAGGCAAAAGGAUUGCAAACCUGCGUCUGUCUAACAGGCCACAUGCAUCUGAAGUGUAAAAUCUGCAUCUUACCUGCACUUCAGUUUCUGACAUGAGGAUUACAGAUAAGGCUGGCAGAUACAAGCUGUUGUAGGGAUCAGAGUUGGAACCUAUUUCUCAAGAAGAUUGAGAAUGGGGUGAUUUAUUAGCUCAGCCACAAGAAAGAGGACUGUAUCCAAUACAGAUUUUUGUACACUGUCCCACAUAUCAGAGCACUGAAACCAGGUGCUGGCCGGUUUAUGAUGGAUCACUUUGUGGAGAAGUAGGUGAGCUCUGCAAGUAUUACACAACUUGUAUGGUGGCUAAUGUGAGUUUGAAUUUAUAGAGUUGAUGAGUGUGAUUUGCAUCAGUGUCUAGUGUGAUCGUGCAAGGGACAUAGAAAGCUUUGAAAUAAGCACCCUGUUCAUGGAAAAUCUAAGUCAAUCCAUAUCCACAACAUUCAUUACUGCUGCAGUGGUCUGAAGCAGACCUUGUAAGAAUCAGAGUGAAUAACUUGUCCUGUUAUGCACUUUACAAGUUCUGUUCUUACAGGCUCUGUAAACAAUAUUUGUGUGUGUUUUAGCCAGCUAUGAUGAUUACAUUGUCCUUUUAUUUGUACUGAUCUUUUAUGCAGCUAAGUUCAUUGCAGUAAAGUGCAAUUUGCCCUGCAUGUCAUAAUUUAGUUUUCAGCAGCCUCACACAGAAAUGGAGCAGUCGAACACUGCAAAAACUGAAAACAAUAGGAACAUAAACCAGACAUUCCCAAAGCCCCAGAAGCAAACUUAUUAAACUACAGAUCUCUCUUAUCCCUUUCAAGAGGGACUUCUGUGCAACACUGCCUUGUCUUGCAUUAUGAAUCAUGCUGCCUUAGUGGUAGCUUCCUUUUUAAUGAUACUAAUGUCCUUUGAAGAUAAAUUCCAAUCAUUUCAUUUUGUUCCCAUACAACUUUGACUAUCACAUUCCUUCAGAGUAAAAAGUCUUGCCAGCACAAUAUUUUUCUUACAUUCUUAAGACAAGAUUCCACAUCCAGACCUCAGUGACAUUUAAUACAUAUAAACCAGAUUGAAAACCCUUCUAAACAAUAUUUGCUUCUGCAGCAUUGAAAUGAAUGUUCAGUUUUUUUGGUGCUCUGUGGAAACUGAAUUAGUGGGUGUGUUUAGUAUGAUGUGCGGGGGUCUGUGGAUUGCCACAACUUGAAAAUAAGCACUUUUCAUUUUUAUUCAUUUUACUUGUUUUUUUUUGUAGACGUGACAAGAGUUUACUUAUUUUAGCUUCAAUACAAUAAAGGCCAGUAAAAAUGAGGGUAUUGUAUGUAUGUUAGAGGCAGGUUCCAUUAUCCUUGGAACUUACUUUGUAGGACAUAGGCAACAGCUAAAAUUAAACGUGGCAUUGGAGACGGCACACGUAUUCAGGACCAUCAUCUGCUGUCACUGAUACUAGGUUCACUGCAGUAACUGAGUCUCAGCUGUGCAUUUCCCUCCACCCAACAUUUCUCUUUCUAGGGUAAUGGUAAUUCAUCUACCCAAGCAUAGAGGUUAGAGAGGGUGAAUAAAGCAAUUUCAGCAGUGGUCACCUGAUCCAGGUUGUUCCUAUAAAAAUGCAGCUUGGUGCUAAGCUACUGUGAAGUGACGCUGCUGUAGCGUUCUUGUCCUGUCAAGCAAAAAACUCCGUUAGAUUCUUAUAUUUGGUUGAUCCUACUGUAGAAAGAGGAAGGAGAGGAGUCUAACUUGGGUUUAAGCUGGAGAAGUCCCAUUCCCUUUGUAAGCGUGGUUGUUCAUGUUUCUGGAUCCGCUAGUCAUCUGAACUAGUUUGCAGUUACAGUGCACUCCAAGGAUGGCUGAAAGCAACAAUACUGCAUGUCUCCCUACAUCAGAAUCCCAUAAAUCCAGUGAGUCAAACACUGAUGUCUGAGGUGCAGCUGUUGCAUGUUCAUGCAAUUUCUUACCUCUAGUGUUCUAACUUACAUCAUGCUUACCUGGAUAUAGCUGGCUUUCAGUGGGGUUGUGCUUUUUGCCCAGUUUGACAAUUAAGUUAGCUUUAUACAAGGUCAAGUGACUUACCAAGUAUCAUGGAAUUACUGCUUUUAACUAAGAAUGCAACUCAGCCAUGUUUUCAUUCCUAUUGUAUGUAGGUUUUUCUAGCUCUAGGAGGAAGCAUUAUUACACAUCUUCCCCAAAAUAAAGAGCCCAUGACACUGACUUGUAUGGCUGCCCCAAGUCUAUAUUACAAGUUUGCACAAGUUUCACCUUUUAUUUCGCUCUUCUCCAACUUACCCAGUAAAGCUAAUUUAUACACUCUUCUCUUACCCACGCUGAGCGCCCAAUUGACCCUAUUAAGUGGAUUUUCUCACUUUUGUUAACAGAGUAACAGACCAAAUCUGAACAUGGGUAACAUUCAGGUUUCUGCUCUCUGCUACAGUCCUUACACUCCACAGCAUCCUCAUUCUGAUACAAAGAAUAGUUACUCUGUAGAGUGAUGUAUGGUUUUUGCCUAUGCCUCUACUUAAGCUGCUGAUUAUUAGUAUCUCUGCUAACUAUGGUUCUGAUGUAACAUAGGGUCAGUACUCUGCAGUAUUGGGAUCCACAGACUGAGACCUUCAGCACUGCACAAAAAGAGACCGAUGUAGAACUGACUUUUUUUAAAAGUGUGUACUUUGGGCAGCUGAUUUGCAGUAGUACUAUUUGAAACCUGAAAAUGUCCCUUGAAUUCCGGGCCAGAUCCUCCGCAGGUACAAACUGGCAUAGUUUUUUCUGAAGUCAGUGGAGUUAUGCCAAUUGACAUCGGCUCAGGAUCUCUCCCGUGACAUUAGUGGUAGCACUCAGCCAGUAAAUUACUUGUCCUGGUCUGACCGAGGCUGAUAACAUAUAGUGCUGGCCUUGGAAAAUAAAGGGGCACCGAUAUGAACUAUGAUCUUGAAGGUUUUGCAGAUUUGAAGUACUUGAUGAUCUUAUUCAAAUGGGGCAAAGUUCAAGUUAUAUACACCUAGCUAUAUAGUGUGCAGCAGGAAGGAAGUGUCAGCGACAGGAAUGGAAUUGGCAGCUCCUUACAGGUGAUCUCUAUUAGGACAAGAACGAUCCUAGCAUUUCACCUGCUACAAAACUGAGUUCCUCUAAAGGAAAGCAACAAGCAGUAUUUGUGUGCACAAAAGACAGCAUUUCACAUCUGAAAACUCCUCCUGUCAGGGCUAAAACUGGGCUGGUGAGAUGCUGGUGUCUGACUGUAGCUGAGCCCCAUCAGGGUCCCUGAAGUAUCAGUGCAGGGGAAUGUAACUCUCGCAGUAUUAUGGCUCUGUUUAGUGCAAUGGUUUCUCUUAGUUCUGUAACACGGGUGUAUGUACAUAGAGUAAAUCAUCAACUACAAUUGUAAUCAUGAAGCAGUACUUUCUCAGAGGCUGCAUUAGCUGUUGUAUAAAUCUAGGCGUUCAGGCAAAUGUGUUAAUCUUGUCUAAUUCAAGAAGUGACCCCUCAUUUUUGUGUUACAGUAUCUGUAUAGCACAACUUCUUUUAAUUGCCUGGGGCUGGAUUCUGCCACCCUUGUUCACAAGGAGUAUCACCUUGCUAUAUAAGUAGCCCCAUAUGAGACCAAUGGUGCUACGUGCAUAGUAAGAUGCUUCUCAAUGUGUCUAAAAGCAUAGCAGAAUGAGACCCUUAAUUACCAGAGAUGAGACUAACCACAUUCAGAAGCACUCAAUGUACCAUAAUAUGUAUAUAUUUCUAUUGUACCUUGGUUCCAGCUGUGUUUUAUAUGAUUGACAUGUUAAGCUAUUUAAAAGUAACUGCCUUGACUACUUGGAAAACUGAACUGUAUGUAGAUAGCAGUCCCAAUAAAGUAAUUGAAAUAUA